AUGAUUGGAAUUUGUGGCAUUGGAGGGGUAGGUAAAUCAACAAUUGCAAGAGCUGUGUAUAACUCAAUUGCUGAUAAUUUUGAUGGUUUAUGUUUUCUUUCAAGUGUUAGAGAAAUUUCUAACAAGCAUGGCUUGUCCCACCUUCAAGAGACAUUACUCUAUAAAUUGGUGGGGGAGAAGGAACUCAAAUUGGGUAAUUUCCAUGAAGGAAUUUCAAUAAUAAAAAAUAGGCUCCGAAACAAGAAGAUUCUUUUAAUUCUUGAUGAUGUUGACAAAGUGGAGCAAUUACAAGCAUUAGCUGGAAGCAGUGAGUGGUUUGGCCUUGGAAGUAGAAUCAUUAUCACAACAAGAGAUAAACAGUUGUUAGCAAGUCGGGGAAUUCAAAGAAUUUAUGUUGUCAAGGGAUUAAAUGCUGAUGUGAACACUGAACAGGAACCAGUGAAAACUGAAGAUGGAACCCAGGAGCCUUCUGUCAGUAAGAGGAAAGGGAAGGAGAAGAAUGAAGAGGAUGCAGAUGCAGUUCAGGAUGAUGAUAAUGGAGUUGAGGGAAAGGAAAAGAAGAAGAAAAGGAAGGAAUCUAGAGAGAAUGGUGAGUUGAAUGGAGACAAUGAUGCGGAUGUGGGAGAAAAGAAGAAAAAGAGGAAAAAGCAUGCUGAGCAAGAAGAAUCAGCCGAAAUGGCCAAGAAAAAGAAAAACAAAAAGAAGAAAGUAGAGGAUCAAUAG